AGUGCAGAUUCUGGAAUGUGUCUGAGUAAACAGGAAGGACAGGGGGCCCCACGCCCUUCAGGGUGAAUGGGCUGCCUCCCUGUGUCCCCUGCAUUCUAGCAGGUUCUUCCCCCUAGCUUUCCAGGAGGAGCAGCUUGAACAAACAAUGGAGCUGGGGGCCAGGGGCUGUGAGCCCAGAAAGGAGGAGCCACGGUGGAGAAGGAGGCAGUGUUUGGAGGGAAGAGGGACGCUGAGAAGCAUCUCCUUAGCCCCAAACGAGGAAAUCGAGACUGGAGAGUCCAGUUGAAAGAAAAGGACAGUUGCGGGGCCAGCAGGAAAGGCUGUGCUUUCUAAUUAGGAGAACGGAGAAUACAACAAGACUCCCUCAACCUGGGGGGGUUCCCCAUCAGGGGCUCCUGUCCAGCAGCACCUCGGACCCGGCCCUGCGGGAGUGUCCUGGGUCAGUGGGAGGGCGUGGGCUGGGCCUGGGCUCCACGCCCAGAUGACUGGACAGGGGCCACCCGGGCCACAAGCCCAGGCCUGAAAGCGAGGGAAGAACCUCACGUGUUCAGCCAGGCUCCCCUGCUUCCCAUUACUGUGUUUGGGGUGAAAACAGACCAAGUAACUAUGGCAACCUGGAACCUAGGGCCCCCAGGAACUAGGCCUUUCCUCCCUCCAGAGGGCAGCCCUGGCUCUUCUACCAUCACUUCCUGUCCCAAGGUCCCCGGAGCCCUUCCCAGCCUGAUCCAGACAGUGCGUGCAAGGAGAACAAGGAUUCUGCGGGCAGAGCACCUGAGACGGAGUUCCUGUUUUGCCUUUUAUUACCUCCGGAAAGAUGCCCACCCAAUGUUCCCUAACCUCCAACCUGGCCCUUCUGAUGCUGCUGGGCACUGUCACAGCAGGCCCUUUCUCUCCACGUUCCAACGUGACACUCCCAGCCCCACGGCCCCCUCCCCAGCCGGGGGGCCGUACAGUGCAGCCAGAAGGGGGAGGCCCUUCUUCUCGGCUCUACGAGCACACCGUGGAAGGAGGGGAGAAGCAGGUGGUGUUCACCCACCGCAUUAACCUGCCCCCUUCAGCUGGCUGUGGCUGUCCCCCAGGCACUGAGCCCCCUGUCCCUGCUUCAGAGGUGCAGGCCCUGAGGGUCCGAUUGGAGAUCCUGGAGGAGCUGGUGAAGGGGCUCAAGGAACAGUGCACUGGGGGGUGUUGUCCUCCGGCUGCCCAGGCUGGCACAGGCCAGACCGACAUUCGAAGCCUCUGCAGUCUCCAUGGCGUGUUUGACCUGAGCCGCUGUGCCUGCUCCUGCGAGCCAGGCUGGGGUGGGCCCACCUGCUCGGAUCCCGCAGGUGCGGAGGGACCCCCCUCCUCACCACCCUCUGCCCCCGGUUCCUGCCCGGAUGACUGCAAUGAUCAGGGUCGCUGCGUCCGUGGUCGCUGCGUGUGCUUCCCUGGCUACACCGGGCCCAGUUGUAGCUGGCCCUCCUGCCCCGGGGACUGCCACGGCCGCGGGCGCUGCGUGCAGGGCGUGUGCGUGUGCCGCUCGGGCUUCUCCGGGGACGACUGCAGUGUGCGCUCCUGCCCUCGCGGCUGCAGCCAAAGGGGACGCUGCGAGGACGGGCGCUGCGUGUGCAAUCCAGGCUACAGUGGCGAGGACUGUGGGGUGAGGAGCUGCCCCCGAGACUGUAGCCAGAGAGGACGCUGCGAGAAUGGGCGCUGCGUGUGCAACCCCGGUUACACUGGCGACGACUGUGGGGUGAGGAGCUGUCCCCGAGGCUGCAGCCAGAAGGGGCGCUGCGAGGACGGGCGCUGCGUCUGUGACCCGGGCUACGCUGGUGACGACUGCGGCUCGCGGACCUGCCCGUGGGACUGUGGCGAGGGCGGGCGCUGUGUGGACGGCCGCUGCGUGUGCUGGCCCGGGUACGCGGGCGAGGACUGCAGCACGCGGACCUGUCCCCGCGACUGUCGGGGCCGAGGGCGUUGCGAGGAUGGCGAAUGCAUCUGCGAUCCCGGGUACAGUGGGGACGACUGCGGCGUGCGCAGCUGCCCGGGCGACUGCAACCAAAGGGGCCGCUGCGAGGACGGCCGCUGCGUGUGCUGGCCCGGGUACUCGGGGCCCGACUGCGGCGCGCGCGCCUGCCCGCGCGACUGUCGGGGCCGUGGGCGCUGCGAGAACGGCGUAUGCGUGUGCCACGCGGGCUACAGUGGCGAGGACUGCGGCGUGCGCAGCUGUCCCGGGGACUGUCGCGGCCGGGGCCGUUGCGAGAGUGGCCGCUGCGUGUGUUGGCCCGGGUACACAGGCCGGGACUGCGGUACGCGCGCCUGCCCUGGCGACUGUCGCGGGCGCGGGCGCUGCGUAGACGGCCGCUGCGUGUGCAACCCGGGCUUCGCAGGAGAUGACUGCGGGAGCCGUCGGUGUCCCGGGGACUGUCGCGGUCGCGGCCGCUGCGAAGAUGGCGUGUGCUCGUGCGACUUGGGCUACGAGGGCGAAGACUGCGGCACGCGCAGCUGCCCCAGGGGUUGCCAAGGCCGCGGCCAGUGCCUGGAGGGGCGCUGCGUGUGCGACGACGGCUACGAGGGUGAGGACUGCGGCGUGAGACGGUGCCCGCGCGACUGCAACCAGCGGGGCGUGUGCCAGGACGGUGUGUGCACCUGUUGGGAGGGCUUCGCGGGCGAGGACUGCGGCCUCCGUGUCUGCCCCUCCAACUGUCACCGGCGCGGCCGCUGCGAGAACGGGCGCUGCGUGUGCGACUCCGGCUACACAGGCCCCUCCUGCGCCACCCGCACCUGCCCGGCCGACUGCCGGGGCCGUGGUCGCUGUGUGCAGGGCGUGUGCGUGUGCCACGUGGGCUACAGCGGCGAGGACUGUGGGCAGGAAGAGCCUCCUGCCAGCGCCUGCCCCGGGGGCUGCGGGCCACGGGAACUGUGCCGCGCAGGCCAGUGUGUCUGCGUCGAGGGCUUCCGGGGCCCCGACUGCGCCAUCCAGACGUGCCCCGGGGACUGCCGCGGCCGGGGAGAGUGUCAUGAGGGCAGCUGCGUCUGCCAAGACGGCUAUGCAGGGGAAGACUGCGGGGAAGAGGUGCCGGCCAUCGAGGGCAUGAGGAUGCACCUGCUGGAGGAGACAACAGUUCGGACAGAGUGGACCCGGGCUCCCGGCAAUGUGGAUGCCUAUGAAAUCCAGUUCAUCCCAACGACAGAGGGGGCGAGCCCCCCAUUCACAGCACGGGUGCCCAGCUCUUCCUCAGCCUAUGACCAGAGAGGAUUAGCCCCUGGUCAGGAGUACCAGGUCACUGUCCGUGCCCUUCGAGGGACUAGCUGGGGCCCUCCUGCCUCCAAGACCAUCACCACCAUGAUUGACGGCCCCCAGGACCUCCGCGUGGUGGCUGUGACACCAACCACACUGGAGCUCAACUGGCUGCGCCCCCAGGCUGAAGUGGACCGGUUUGUGGUGUCCUACGUCAGUGCUGGCAACCAGAGGGUGCGGCUGGAAGUGCCCUCCGAGGCAGACCGGACGCUGCUGACUGGCCUGAUGCCAGGCGUAGAAUAUGUGGUGACCGUCACUGCCGAGCGGGGCCGGGCAGUAAGCUACCCAGCUUCCAUCAGGGCCAACACAGGGUCCUCCCUCUCAGGCCUCAUGGGGGCCACUGAUGAGCCUCCUCCCUCAGGCCCUUCAACGACUCAAGGGGCUCAGGCCCCUGUCCUGCAGCAGCGCCCCCAGGAGCUGGCCGAGUUGAGGGUGCUGGGCAAAGACAAGACAGGGCGCCUCCGAGUGGCCUGGACCGCCCAGCCUGACACCUUUACCCACUUCCAGCUGCGCCUACGGGUGCCCGAAGGGCCAGGGGCCCAUGAGGAGCUACUGCCAGGGGAUGUCCGUCAGGCUCUGGUGCCCUCACCCCCUCCCGAAUCCCCCUACGAGCUGUCACUUCGUGGGAUCCCUCCCGAUGGCGAGCCCUCUGCCCCUCUCAUCUACCAAGGCAUUAUGGACAAGGAUGGGGAGAAACCUGGGAAGCCCUUGGCCCCACCUCGCCUGGGCAAGCUGACAGUGACAGAUGUGACCUCGGACUCCCUGCUUCUGCACUGGACAGUCCCUGAGGGCGAGUUCGAUUCCUUCGUCAUCCAGUACAAAGACAGGGACAGGCCCCAGGUGGUGCCUGUAGAGGGGCCCCAGCGCUCUGCCCUCAUCUCCAACCUGGACGUCGGCCGCAAGUACAAAUUUGUCCUGUACGGGCUCGUGGGCAAGAAGAGGCACGGCCCCCUGGUGGCUGAAGCCAAGAUCUUGUCUCAGACUGAUCCCAACCCAGUGACUCCACCCCGCCUGGGGAAGCUGUGGGUGACUGAUCCCACCCCAGACUCACUGCACCUCUCCUGGACUGUCCCUGAGGGCCAGUUUGACUCCUUCGUGGUCCAGUACAGGGACAGGGACGGCCGGCCACAGGUGGUGCCCGUGGAAGGACCCGAGCGCUCCAUCAUUAUCUCCCCACUGGACCCUGACCACAAGUACAGAUUCACUCUGUUUGGGAUUGCCAACAAGAAGCGGCACGGCCCCCUCACGGCCGAUGGCACCACCGCCCCAGAGAAGAAAGAGGAGUCCCGCCACCCAGAGCCCCCAGAGCGGCCCCUGCUGGGGGAGCUGACAGUGGCUGGCGCCACUGCAGACUCCCUGCGCCUCUCCUGGACGGUGGCCCAGGGCUCUUUCGACUCCUUCGUGGUCCAGUACAAGGAUGCCCAGGGGCGGCCCCAAGCAGUGCCCGUCAGGGGAGAUGAGAAUGAGGUCGCCAUCCCUGGCCUGGAGCCCGACCGGAAGUAUAAGAUGAACCUCUACGGGCUUCAUGGCAGGCAGCGCAUGGGGCCCGUGUCCGUGGUGGCCACCACAGCCCCCCAGGAAGUCCUGGAUGAGACCCCCAGUGCCACAGAGAUGGAGGAGACCCCCAGCCCCACAGAACCCAGCACAGAGGCCCCAGAGCCCCCCAAGAAGCCCCUCCUGGGGGAGCUGAUGGUGACGGGAUCCUCCCCGGACUCGCUGAGCCUCUCCUGGACCGUCCCCCAGGGCCACUUCGACUCCUUCACCGUCCAGUACAGAGACGGGGACGGGCAACCCAGGGUGGUGAGGGUCCCCGGGAACGAGGACGGGGUCACCAUCUCGGGCCUGGAGCCAGACCACAAGUACAAGAUGAACCUGUACGGCUUCCAUGACCGCCAGCGUGUGGGCCCCGUCUCUGUCAUCGGGGUGACCACUACAGAGGAAGAGACCCCCAGCCCCACAGAGAUGGAGGAGACCCCCAGCCCCACAGAGGUGGAAGAGACCCCCAGCCCCACAGAACCCAGCACAGAGGCCCCAGAGCCCCCCGAGGAGCCCCUCCUGGGGGAGCUGACGGUGACGGGAUCCUCCCCGGACUCGCUGAGCCUCUCCUGGACCGUCCCCCAGGGCUACUUCGACUCCUUCACCAUCCAGUACAAGGGCGGGGACGGGCCCCAGGUGGUGCGUGUCGGGGGCGAGGAGACUGAGGUGACCGUUGGGGGCCUGGAGCCCGGACGCAAGUACAAGAUGAACCUGUACGGCCUGCACGGGGGGCGACGCGUGGGCCCCGCGUCCACCGUAGGCGUGACCGCUCCACAAGCAGAAGAGACUCCUCCGGCUACCGAGCGCCCCAAGGAACCGCGUCUCGGGGAGCUGACAGUGACAGAUGUGACCCCCAACUCCGUGGGCCUCGUGUGGACAGUCCCGGAGGGCCAGUUUGACUCUUUCGUGAUCCAGUAUAAGGACAGGGACGGGCAACCCCACGUGGUCCCUGUGGCCGCAGACCAGCGAGAGGCCACUGUCUCCGGGCUAGAGCCUGAGCACAAAUACAGGAUGAAUAUGUACGGGCUACAUGGUGGGCAGCGCGUGGGCCCCCUCUCCGUGGUGGCCCUGACCGCUCCUGUCCCUCCAGCCCCAGUCACAGAGCCCCCCGUGGAGCCACGCCUGGGGGAGCUGACGGUGACGGACGUGACCCCGGACUCUGUGGGCCUCUCCUGGACUGUCCCCGAGGGCGAAUUCGACUCCUUCUUGGUCCAGUACAAGGACAGGGACGGGCAGCCCCAGGUGGUGCCUGUGGCCGCUGACCAGCGCGAGGUCACCGUCCCCGGCCUGGAGCCCAGUAGGAAAUACAAGUUCCUGCUCUUCGGGAUCCAAGAUGGGAAACGCCGCAGCGCAGUCUCUGUGGAGGCAAAGACAGUCGGCCGAGGUGACGCCAGCCCAGGAGCCCCACCCCGCCUUGGGGAGCUGUGGGUGACAGACCCCACCCCAGACUCACUGCACCUCUCCUGGACGGUCCCUGAGGGCCACUUCGACUCCUUUGUGGUCCAGUUCAAGGACAGGGAUGGGCCUCACGUGGUGUCCGUGGAGGGCCACGAACGCUCGGUCACCAUCAGCCCUCUGGACUCCGGCCGCAAGUACAGAUUCCUAGUCUACGGCCUCCUGGGCAAGAGGCGCCAUGGCCCCCUCACUGCCGAGGGCACCACAGAGACCCGCAGAGCUGUGGCUGAGGCUGGAACAAAGAGUCCUUCAAAACCACGUCUGGGGGAGGAGCUGCAGGUGACCAGUGUGACAUCAGAUUCCGUGGGCCUCUCAUGGACAGUCCCCGAGGGCCACUUCGACUCCUUUGUGAUCCAGUACAGGGACAGAGACGGGCAACCCCAGGUGGUGCCCGUGGAGGGCAGCCACAGGGAGGUCAGUGUCUCGGGCCUGGAUCCUGCCCGCAGGUACAAGCUGCUGCUCUACGGGCUGUCCAGGGACAAGCGAGUGGGUCCCAUCUCCGCCAUCGCCGUGACCGAACCAGCUCCCAGGGAAGAAAUCGAAGCAGAGCCUGCAACCUUUAGUCCUCCAGCAUCUGAGCCCCGUCUGGGGGAGGUGACUCUGGAGGAGGCCACCCCACACAGCCUGCAUCUCUCCUGGAUGGCAACUGAGGGAGAAUUUGACUCCUUCAAGGUCCAAUACACAGACGAGGAUGGGCAACUUCAAGAAGUUAAUGUAGAGGGCAACCAGCAUGACAUCACCAUCUCCGACCUGGAAUCUGACCACAGAUAUCUGGUGAGCCUGUACGGUUUCCACGACGGGCAACCUGUUGGUCCUGCCCACAUCGAGGCCAUGACAGCCCCAAGAGAGGAGGAUGAUGAACCUUCAGAAUCUCUCUCUACCACCCAAACCCCGUCCACCGCGUUCCCUGAGCCUCCCAUCAAGCCCCGCCUCGGGGAGCUGGCGGUGAAGGAUGCCACCCCCGACUCCCUGAGCCUCUCCUGGACCAUCCCUGAGGGCCAGUUUGACCACUUCCUGAUCCAGUUCAAGAACGGGGACGGGCAACCCAAGGCAGUGAGGGUCCCUGGGGAUGAGGACGAGGUCACCAUCUCGGGCCUGGAGCCAGACUACAAGUACAAGAUGAACCUGUACGGCUUCCACGACCGCCAGCGCGUGGGCCCCAUCUCUGUCAUCGGGGUGACCACUGCAGAAGAGGAGACCCCCAGCCCCACAGAACCCAGCACAGAGGCCCCGGAGCCCCCCAAGGAGCCCCUCCUGGAGGAGCUAACGGUGACAGGAUCCUCCCCGGACUCGCUGAGCCUCUCCUGGACCGUCCCCCAGGGCCAUUUUGACUCCUUCACCGUCCAGUACAAGAACGGGGACGGGCAGCCGAAGGUGGUGAGGGUGCCGGGGCAUGACAAUGAGGUCACCAUCUCGGGCCUGGAGCCAGACCACAAGUACAAGAUGAACCUGUAUGGCUUCCACGACCGCCAGCGCGUGGGCCCUGUCUCUGUCAUCGGGGUGACCACUACAGAGGAAGAGACCCCCAGCCCCACAGAGAUGGAGGAGACCCCCAGCCCCACAGAGGUGGAAGAGACCCCCAGCCCCACGGAGCCCAGCACAGAGGCCCCAGAGACCCCUGAGGAGCCCCUCCUGGGGGAGCUGACGGUGACGGGAUCCUCCCCAGACUCGCUGAGCCUCUCCUGGACCGUCCCCCAGGGCCACUUCGACUCCUUCACCGUCCAGUACAAGGGCGGGGACGGGCCCCAGGUAGUGCGUGUCAGGGGCGAGGAGACUGAGGUGACCGUUGGGGGCCUGGAGCCCGGACGCAAGUACAAGAUGAACCUGUACGGCCUGCACGGGGGGCGACGCGUGGGCCCCGCGUCCACCGUGGGCGUGACCGCCCCAGAAGAGGAGCCCCCUGCUAGCCCUCCUUUGAAGCCACAGCUAGGGGAGCUGACUGUGACAGACGCCACCCCCGACUCCCUGAGCCUCUCCUGGACCAUCCCCGAGGGCCAGUUCGACCACUUCUUAGUCCAAUACAAGAAUGGGGACGGGCAGCCCAAGGCGGUGAGGGUGCCCGGGGAUGAGGACGGGGUCACCAUCUCGGGCCUGGAGCCAGACCACAAGUACAAGAUGAAUCUGUACGGCUUCCACGAUCGCCAGCGCGUGGGCCCCGUCUCCACUGUCGGCUUAACUGCCUCAGAAAAAGACCAAGAAAUGACCCCAGCCCCAACAGACCUGCCCACUGUAGCUCCUGAGCCUCCGAUCAAGCCCCGCCUGGGGGAGGUGACUGUGACGGACGCCACCCCCGACUCCCUGAGCCUCUCCUGGACCGUCCCCGAGGGCCAAUUCGACCACUUCCUGAUCCAGUACAAGAAUGGGGACGGGCAGCCCAAGGCGGUGAGGGUGCCCGGGGACGAGGACGGGGUCACCAUCUCGGGCCUGGAGCCAGACUACAAGUACAAGAUGAACCUGUACGGCUUCCACGACCGCCAGCGUGUGGGCCCCAUCUCUGUCAUCGGGGUGACCACUGCAGAGGAAGAGACCCCCAGCCCCACAGAGGUGGAGGAGACCCCCAGCCCCACAGAACCCAGCACAGAGGCCCCGGAGCCCCCCGAGGAGCCCCUCCUGGGGGAGCUGACGGUGACAGGAUCCUCCCCGGACUCGCUGAGCCUCUCCUGGACCAUCCCCCAGGGCCACUUCGACUCCUUCACCGUCCAGUACAAGGGCAGGGACGGGCCCCAGGUGGUGCGUGUCGGGGGCGAGGAGACUGAGGUGACCGUUGGGGGCCUGGAGCCCGGACGCAAGUACAAGAUGAACCUGUAUGGCCUGCACGGGGGGCGGCGCAUGGGCCCCGCGUCCACCGUGGGCAUGACCGACCCUCGGGAGGUUGUGGAAGAGACCCCCAGCCCCACGGAGCCCAGCACAGAGGCCCCAGAGCCCCCCGAGGAGCCCCUCCUGGGGGAGCUGACGGUGACGGGAUCCUCCCCAGACUCGCUGAGCCUCUCCUGGACCGUCCCCCAGGGCCACUUCGACUCCUUCACUGUCCAGUUCAAGGGCAGGGACGGGCCUCAGGUGGUGCGUGUUGGGGGUGAGCAGACUGAGGUGACCGUUGGGGGCUUGGAGCCCGGACGCAAGUACAAGAUGAACCUGUACGGCCUGCACGGGGGGCAGCGCAUGGGCCCCAUGUCCACCGUGGGCGUGACCGCUCCGGACUAUGAUGCCGUGACCACCCAAACCCCCUCCACCGCGGUCCCCGAACCUCCCACCAAGCCCCGCCUGGGGGAGGUGACCGUGACGGAUGCCACCCCUGACUCCCUGAGCCUCUCCUGGACCGUCCCCGAGGGCCAGUUCGACCACUUCCUGAUCCAGUACAAGAACGGGGAUGGGCAGCCCAAGGCAGUGAGGGUGCCCGGGGACGAGGACGGGGUCACCAUCUCGGGCCUGGAGCCAGACCACAAGUACAAGAUGAACCUGUACGGCUUCCACGACCGCCAGCGUGUGGGCCCCGUCUCUGUCAUCGGGGUGACCACUACAGAGGAAGAGACCCCCAGCCCCACAGAGAUGGAGGAGACCCCCAGCCCCACAGAGAUGGAGGAGACCCCCAGCCCCACAGAGGUGGAAGAGACCCCCAGCUCCACAGAGAUGGAAGAGACCCCCAGCCCCACAGAACCCAGCACAGAGGCCCCCGAGCCCCCCGAGGAGCCCCUCCUGGGGGAGCUGACGGUGACGGGAUCCUCCCCGGACUCGCUGAGCCUCUCCUGGACCAUCCCCCAGGGUCACUUCGACUCCUUCACCGUCCAGUACAAGGGCAGGGACGGGCCCCAGGUGGUGCGUGUCGGGGGCGAGGAGACUGAGGUGACCGUUGGGGGCCUGGAGCCCGGACGCAAGUACAAGAUGAACCUGUACGGCCUGCACGGGGGGCGGCGCGUGGGCCCCGCGUCCACCGUGGGCGUGACCGCCUCCCUGACUACAGAGCGCCCCCUGGCACCCCGCCUAGGGGAGCUGGCGGUGGCAGCCGUGACCUCGGACACAGCGCGUCUCUCAUGGACGGUGGAGCAGGGGCCCUUUGACGCCUUCCUGGUCCAGUACAAGGAUGUGCAGGGGCAGCCCCAGGCAGUACCCGUGGCUGGAGACCUCCGAGAGGUCACAGUUUCGAGUCUGGCCCCCGGCCGCAAGUACAAGUUCCUCCUGUUCGGACUCCGGGAUGAGAAACGACACGGCCCAGUCUCUGCAGAUGCAAAGACUCUCCCAGACACGAAACCUGCUCCCCACCUGGGGGAGCUGACAGUGACGGAUGUGACCCCGGACUCCGUGGGCCUCUCCUGGACAGUCCCUGAGGGUGAAUUCGACUCCUUCGUGGUCCAGUACAAGGACAGGGACGGGCAGCCCCGCGUGGUGCCUGUGGCCGCCGACCAGCGCAAGGUCACCAUCCCCGGCCUGGAGCCCAGUAGGAAAUACAAGUUCCUGCUCUAUGGGCUGGUAGGCAGGAAACGACUGGGCCCCAUCUCCGCUGAAGGCAGCACAGCCCCCCUGGAGAAGGAACGACAGCCCCCACCCCGCCUGGGGGAGCUGACAGUGAUGGAUGAGACCCCAAACUCCCUGCGCCUCUCAUGGACGGUGGCCCGGGGCCCCUUUGACUCCUUCGUGGUCCAGUACAGGGGCACAGAUGGGCAGCCCCGGAUGGUGCCUGUGGCCGCAGACCAGAGGGAGUUCACCGUAGAGGGCCUGGAGCCCGGCAGGAAAUACAAGUUUUUGCUCUACGGGCUCCUCCUCGGAGGACAGCGCCUGGGCCCCGCCUCUGUCCUGGGAACGACAGCCCCAGAAGAGGACACACCAGCGCCCUGGCGUGCAGCCACGGAAGCCCCCAAGCCCCCUGAAGGGCCCCGCCUAGGGGUGCUGGCAGUGAGGGAUGUGUCCCCGGACUCCCUGCGCCUCUCCUGGAGCGUGGUCCAGGGCCCCUUUGACUCCUUCGUGGUCCAGUAUCAGGACACAGAUGGGCAGCCCCAGGCCUUGCUCGUGGGGGGCGACCAGAACAAGGUCCUCGUGUCAGGCCUGGAGCCCAGCACCUCCUACGAGUUCUUCCUCUAUGGCCUCCACGAAGGGAAGCGCUUGGGGCCCGUCUCAGCUGAGGGCACCACAGGGCCAGUUCCUGCGGGUCAGACGCCCGGAGAGCCCGGGCCCAGGCUGUCUCACCUGUCGGUGACUGAUGUGACCACGAGUUCACUGCGGCUCAACUGGGAGGCCCCACCUGAGGCCUUUGACUCCUUCCUGCUCCGCUUUGGAGUCCCAUCUCCAAGCACCCUGGAACCGCAACUACGUCCCCUGCUGCAGCGGGAGCUGACGGUGCCAGGGACACGGCGCUCGGCUAUGCUGCGGGACCUGCAUCCAGGGACCCUGUACACCCUUACAUUGUACGGGCUGCGCGGGCCCCACAAGGCCGACAGCAUCCAGGGCACAGCCCGGACCCUCAGCCCAGUUCUGGAGAGCCCCCGCGACCUCCAAUUCAGCGAAAUCAGGGAGACCUCAGCCAGGGUCAGCUGGACACCCCCAACAUCCAGGGUGGACGGCUUCAAAGUUUCCUACCAACUGGCAGAUGGAGGGGAGCCACAGAGUGUGCAGGUGGAUGGCCGGACCCAGAAACUCGAGGGGCUGAUCCCAGGAGCUCAAUAUGAGGUGACUGUGGUCUCUGUCCGUGGCUUUGAGGAAAGUGAGCCUCUCACGGGCUUCCUGACCACAGUUCCUGAUGGCCCCACCCAGCUGCGGGCACUGAACCUGACUGAUGAAUCUGCCCUGCUGCACUGGAAGCCCCCCCAGACCCCGGUGGAUACCUAUGACGUCAAGGUCACAGCCCUAGGGGCCCCUUCCCUCCAGGCCUCAGCCCCUGGGAGUGCCGUGGACUACCCCCUGCAGGGUCUGGUGACCCACACCAACUACACAGCAACCUUGCGUGGCCUUCGGGGCCCCAACUUCACCUCCCCAGCCAGCAUCACCUUCACCACAGGGUUGGAGGCACCCCAGGACUUGGAGGCCAAGGAAGUGACCCCCCGCACAGCCCUGCUCACUUGGACAGCGCCCGAAGUCUCCCCAACUGGUUACCUGCUCAGCUUCAACACCCCAGGGGGACAGACCCAGGAGAUCGUGCUCCCAGGAGGGGUCACCUCUCACCAGCUCCGCGGCCUCUUUCCCUCCACCCCCUACAGCACCUGGCUCCGGGCCAUGUGGGGUGACAGCUUCACUCCCCCCGUGACCACUUCCUUCACCACUGGUGGACUGCGGAUCCCCUUCCCCCGGGACUGUGGGGAGGAGAUGCAGAACGGGGUCAGCACAUCAAGGACCAGCACCAUCUUCCUCAAUGGCAACCGCGAGCAACCUCUGAACGUGUUUUGCGACAUGGAGACCGAUGGGGGUGGCUGGCUGGUAUUCCAGCGCCGCAUGGAUGGAAAAACGGACUUCUGGAGGGACUGGGAGGACUACGCCCAUGGUUUUGGGAACAUCUCUGGGGAGUUCUGGCUGGGCAAUGAGGCCCUGCAUAGCCUGACCAGAGCCGGCGACUACUCCUUGCGCGUGGACCUGCGGGCUGGGGACGAGGCUGUGUUUGCCCAGUACGACUCCUUCCAAGUGGACUCGGCCGAGGAGUACUACCGCCUCCACCUGGAAGGCUACCAUGGCACCGCAGGGGACUCCAUGAGCUACCACAGCGGCAGCGUCUUCUCUGCCCGGGACCGAGACCCCAACAACUUGCUCAUCUCCUGUGCCGUCUCUUACCGAGGGGCCUGGUGGUACAGGAACUGCCACUAUGCCAACCUCAACGGGCUUUAUGGGAGCACAGUGGACCACCAGGGAGUGAGCUGGUACUACUGGAAGGGCUUCGAUUUCUCAGUGCCCUUCACGGAAAUGAAGCUGAGACCAAGAAACUACCGGCCCCCGGGCAGGGGAGGCUGAGCCGCCGCUCACCCCUCCAGCGCCCCACCAUGACUGCCGAGCACUGAGGGGUUGCGCCUAGAGAAGAGCCAGGGGCCACCUUGACCAUCCAGCCACCAGCGGAAGCCUUCUCCACCCGCGAUCUCACAGCACCAUGUUUACAGGGGGGAGGGCAAGGGUUUGCACGGGAGCAAUAAAAGGAGACACCGAGG